AUGGAUAGCUCAAAUUCCGGGGUGAUCGACUGGGAUUGGAUGUCUGUCGCACCGCUCCCCGCCGCUAUACAUCACCGUUGGUUUAUAGCCGACAUUUCGGGAUGGAGCAAUGAUGGCGUCGCCGAACGAGAAAACUUCGAGGAUGAUCGUCGUUACUUUGAGAAAGCGAUCAAACAUAAAGAAAUAUCGCGACAGUUGCUGGCUACCGUAUCAACACUGUUGUGUGACUCUGGAAGCAGGCUGUUCUUUCAGUCAGUCUUCCACUUCAACGGCAUCCAUGAGAAGUUUGUUAAGAUACACUGUGCACGGACCGAAGAAAACAUCGAGGCUGCGAACUCACACCUGAAUGUUGUGCUUUUUUUGUAUCCCGAGUUGGAGGAAACAGAAAGCGUGCGGAGGUUUAAGAAUAUGCUGCAUAGUGACAAGUCGUAA